UAUUUGCUCUUUUAUAGGAAUUGGUAGAGAGAGAGAGAGAAACUGGUACAUUUGGAGUCCUUUGGCUUUGUGAUUCUCUCCGGUUUCGUUGUUAUUCCUCGACCGCCUCGAGGGUAGAGAGAGAGAAGAAAAAAAGAAAACCUCUCUCAUAUCUGAUUUUCUCGAUAAAUUUCCCUUUUUUUUUUGAGUCGGACUAUCUAAGCCAGGGUUUCAAUUAUUCGUGUUUGAAUCUAUUUAUUGUUCAAAUCUGGUGAGAGUUCGAAUUUUGAAGUGUGGAUUCAAUAUGCUGAUCAGAAAUGCAAAUCGGCUAGAAUUCUAGCUCCGUUCUCGAUAACAGUCGGAAUCGAAGUCAAGAAAUGGAGGUGGAUUCGUCGAUGGUGUCGGAGGCUGAUCACGAUCCAACGGCCGUGAACCAUAACGGCCCUGCGUUGGAGCAGCUUGGAGGGCCCGAACAGUCUCCCGCUGUUUUGGGAUCUCCUCAGCAGCCACCAGAGGAGCAGGCUCAGGUGCAGCAGAGCCCUGUGGCGGGGCCAAGGCCGGCUCCAACUUACUCUGUGGUGAACGCUGUCAUAGAGAAGGAGGAGGACGGUCCGGGGCCAAGGUGCGGUCACACGCUGACUGCCGUGGCAGCAGUUGGGGAGGAAGGGACACCCGGUUACAUUGGGCCACGGCUUAUUCUCUUUGGUGGCGCCACUGCUCUCGAGGGAAAUUCUGCAGCUUCAGGGACUCCAUCCUCUGCGGGAAGUGCUGGAAUACGGUUAGCCGGGGCCACUGCUGAUGUCCACUGCUAUGAUGUGAUGACAAAUAAAUGGUCUAGGAUUACUCCUUUUGGGGAACCACCCACACCAAGGGCAGCACAUGUGGCAACUGCUGUGGGUACCAUGGUGGUUAUUCAGGGUGGAAUUGGUCCAGCUGGUCUGUCUGCUGAGGAUCUUCAUGUUCUUGAUCUCACACAACAACGACCACGAUGGCAUAGGGUUGUGGUCCAAGGGCCUGGACCAGGGCCACGUUAUGGACAUGUCAUGGCUCUAGUAGGGCAAAGAUAUCUCAUGGCAAUUGGUGGAAAUGAUGGAAAGCGACCUUUGGCUGAUGUAUGGGCCCUGGACACAGCUGCCAAGCCAUAUGAAUGGCGGAAACUCGAACCAGAAGGGGAAGGUCCACCACCAUGCAUGUAUGCAACUGCAAGUGCACGCUCUGAUGGUCUUCUUUUGCUUUGUGGAGGGAGGGAUGCUAACAGUGUGCCAUUGCCAAGUGCAUAUGGACUUGCUAAACAUAGAGAUGGUCGUUGGGAAUGGGCUAUUGCUCCUGGUGUCUCUCCAUCUCCUAGAUAUCAGCAUGCAGCAGUUUUUGUUAAUGCACGGCUUCAUGUGUCUGGAGGGGCGCUUGGCGGAGGACGCAUGGUGGAGGAUUCAUCAAGUGUUGCAGUCCUGGAUACUGCAGCAGGAGUUUGGUGUGAUACAAAAUCUGUUGUUACUAGUCCCAGGACGGGCAAAUACAGUGCUGAUGCUGCUGGCGGAGAUGCUGCAGUUGAAUUGACGAGGCGCUGUAGGCAUGCAGCUGCUGCUGUUGGUGAUUUGAUCUUUAUCUAUGGCGGUCUACGUGGAGGAGUGUUGCUUGAUGACCUUUUAGUUGCUGAAGAUCUGGCAGCUGCUGAAACAACAACUGCAGCUUCGCAUGCUGCGGCUGCUGCUGCUGCGUCCAAUUUACAGGUGGGGAGGUUACCCGGAAGGUAUGGGUUCAUUGAUGAAAGAACGAGGCAAACGAUUCCUGAUACAGUUUCUGAUGGUGCUGUUGUUCUGGGAAGUCCCGUUGCUCCUCCUGUUAAUGGUGAUAUGUAUACUGAUAUAAGCACCGAAAAUGCAAUGCUCCAGGGCUCCCGGAGACUGAGCAAAGGUGUGGAGUACUUGGUUGAGGCUUCUGCAGCCGAAGCUGAGGCUAUUAGCGCGACAUUGGCUGCCGCCAAAGCACGGCAAGUGAAUGGAGAAGUUGAAUUGCCAGACAGGGAUCGUGGGGCAGAGGCCACCCCUAGUGGGAAGCAGAUAUCUACUCUGAUUAAGCCUGAUUCUGCUGUGUCAAAUAACUCUGCUCCCACUGGGGUUCGUCUGCAUCAUAGGGCUGUGGUUGUAGCUGCAGAGACUGGUGGAGCACUAGGUGGCAUGGUCAGACAGCUUUCAAUUGAUCAAUUUGAAAAUGAAGGCAGGCGGGUCAGCUAUGGAACCCCAGAGAAUGCAACAGCAGCAAGGAAACUUUUAGAUCGUCAAAUGUCUAUCAACAGUGUACCCAAAAAGGUGAUAGCUCAUCUUCUGAAGCCACGUGGUUGGAAGCCUCCUGUUCGUAGACAAUUUUUCUUGGAUUGCCAUGAAAUAGCAGAUCUUUGUGAUAGUGCUGAACGGAUAUUUACAAGUGAACCGAGUGUUUUACAGCUUAAGGCUCCUAUCAAGAUAUUUGGAGAUUUACAUGGGCAGUUUGGUGAUCUUAUGCGACUUUUUGAUGAGUAUGGUUCUCCUUCAACUGCUGGAGACAUAGCAUAUAUCGAUUAUCUCUUCUUAGGAGAUUAUGUUGAUAGGGGCCAGCACAGCUUGGAAACUAUUACUCUUCUUCUAGCUCUGAAGGUCGAAUACCCCCACAAUGUACAUUUAAUUCGUGGUAAUCAUGAAGCUGCAGAUAUCAAUGCCCUUUUUGGCUUUCGAAUAGAGUGCAUUGAGCGCAUGGGUGAGAGAGAUGGAAUCUGGGCAUGGCACCGGAUAAACAGAUUGUUCAAUUGGCUUCCUCUGGCAGCUUUAGUUGAGAAAAAAAUUAUUUGUAUGCAUGGUGGAAUUGGAAGGUCAAUCAAUCAUGUGGAACAAAUUGAGAACCUUCAGCGUCCAAUUUCAAUGGAAGCAGGCUCAAUUGUUCUCAUGGAUUUGUUGUGGUCUGACCCAACAGAAAAUGACAGCGUGGAAGGAUUAAGACCAAAUGCUAGAGGCCCGGGGCUGGUUACUUUUGGGCCUGAUCGCGUGAUGGAAUUCUGCAACAAUAAUGAUCUUCAAUUGAUUGUACGGGCACACGAAUGUGUGAUGGAUGGCUUUGAGCGUUUUGCACAGGGACAUCUUAUUACACUUUUCUCAGCCACCAACUACUGUGGCACUGCUAAUAAUGCUGGAGCAAUUUUAGUUUUGGGUAGAGAUCUUGUAGUGGUUCCGAAACUCAUUCAUCCAUUACCACCAGCAAUUUCAUCACCAGAAACAUCACCUGAGCGUCAUAUAGAAGAUACAUGGAUGCAGGAGCUUAAUGCAAACAGACCACCAACACCAACGAGGGGCCGUCCUCAAGUUGCUAAUGAUCGGGGUUCUCUUGCUUGGAUUUAGUAGAUCCUCCAUACUGUUUCUUUGUAUUUGUUCCAGGCUCAAUACUACUGCCUGGGUUUUAUGGUGUUCUGUGUAUAGCAUGCUGCCAUACGGAUGAUGCUGAAACUGCUGGAGUUUUAAAGCCUUUUGAACACCAUAUUUGACAUAAUUGGUAGGUGCCUUCAUACAAUGACGAUGUUAGUUCAGAAAAUGAGUUGCAGUUGAUGGGUGGUUUACCUUAUUCACAGUGCUAUAAGUAGUUCGGUAUUCUCCAAAAGCUGCCUUUGUACAUUGAACCGAGAGCAGGAAGAAAUUAGGAUUGCUUAUUUCUUCGGAUGGGUCAGUAGUGCUUGAGCAUUUUUCUCCUUAGCCUAUGUAUUUUUAUUCCUCGUUUUAGGUGUAUUAAUUUUUUUCAUUUUUUCUUAAGAAGCGGUGGGUGAGAUAUAUAAAGUUGAAGCGAAAUCUCUGAGAUAUAUAAAGUUGAAGUGAAAUCUCUUGAUGACGAGAAAGUAGCUCAAAAAGUAGCUACAGCGGCGAUUUAGUCAACUUUAGCCACUCAAGCAUCCCCUCCCCUUAGAGGGGGUAAAUCGUGCCUUACUAUUCAUGCUGUAGAGUUAAAUUCUUUUUGGGCGUUUGUGUAUUAUAAAGGCGUUGCUUUGUAUAAUUCGUGUUCCCACUUUGUACCAUAUAGAUGUGUGAACUUUUUGGCUUCUCAGCCUUAAAAUAUAGGAGGUUUUGUCGACACUGUGUUCGUUUCUUUUUAAAUUUUAUUUACGGUUAAUGU